CGAACAUUAAGGGUGUCUCACUCAUUCAGUCUCGAUCCUAUUUUAUAGCCGUGGACCGUUGCCCAAGAAGUUUCUCGUCUUGAGUGAAUCAGCUUCAAAAUAUGAAAAAUCAGCACAUGGAGGAGAAGAGAGAAAAAAACGAGGGAAAUUAUGACAAAGACACCAAGGACUUUGACGACAUUUUGACGUUGGUAGGGGAAUUUGGGAAGUACCAAAGACUGAUAUAUGUGUCACUUCUGAUUGUGAGCAUGUUAGCUAGCAUGGUGAAGGCGUCCAUAGUCUUCAUAGAAUACACCCCCAGUUUCAGAUGUAAGCUACCAGGUCUUCCAAAUGACACGUUCGAAAUCCAGGGAGAAUGGCACCAAAGUAUGGUCAACAUUACGAUGUCAAAUGUCACGGACGAAGAAUGCACCGUAUUUCAUAAUGCCAACUACUCGAGGACUAGCGGCCAAAAUGACACAGUAGCUGAGAAAUGUACAGAAUGGGUGUUUGAUACCACUGAUAUUGCAUAUUCUUAUCCUAUGCAGUUCAGUCUCGUUUGUGACGACUCUUCCAAGCUGACCAAUUCCUACAUAUUCAACGUGUUAGGGUAUCUGGUGGGAGGUCCGCUGUUUGGUGUGCUGGCCGAUGUUAUCGGACGAAAGGUUGCACUUUUGCUCGGAAUGGGUGUUGGGGGUUUGGCAGGAGUCGCGUGGGCUUUUUCACCAACAUACCUCUGGAGUAUAGGAAUACGAUUCUUGUAUGGCUUUGGCAUGAGCGGCAUGUACAGCUUGUCCAGUACACUAACUUUGGAGAUGGUGGGGCCCAACAAACGAAUGGCGACAGGCACCGGGCUGGCGAUCAUUUAUGCAGGGGGCGGGGCAGUUGCUACGGGGAUAGCCUACUUCCUGCGAGAUUGGCGCCAUCUAUCGAUAGCCGUAUCUGCAGCAUAUGUACUCCUGGCCUGUGCAAUGAUCUUUUUUCUUCCAGAGUCACCGAGAUGGUUGCUGACCAAAGGAGCUCACGCAAAAGCAGAGAAAAUAUUGAAGCGUGCCUCUAAAAUAAACAAGACUUACUUUCCCAAGGGUAUUGUAGAAAAAGUUGAAAUGAACGAGCCCCCAACUUCAAGUGCCCGAGCUUUAUUGCAUGCUCCCAAAUUGGUGGUUAAAAUGCUGCUUCUGUACAUCAACUGGCUUGUUUUGGACAUGACGUAUUAUGGAAUAAAUCUUCAUGCUGGCAACAUGGCUGGCGACAUCUAUCUCAACAUCUUUCUCUUAUCCAUAGUAGAGAUACCAGCGUACACAUUGUGCUUCACUAUCGACAGAUUUGGAAGGAAGAGGGUAUACAUUAUGUGUAUGGUAGUGGGCGGCCUGGCAUGUCUCUCGUCUCUCCUUGUUCAACGUUAUGCUGAUAAUGAUCUAGAAUCAACAAAUUAUAUCAAGAUAGCUCUUUCCACGGUUGGAAAGUUUGGCGUCGCUGCAGGCUAUAAUAUCGUAUAUAUUUGGAGUAUCGAAAUAUUUCCUACCGUCGUUCGUAACUUCAGUUUGGGACUGGCUGCAGUUUGUGCCAGUUGUGGCUCCAUUCUUGCUCCAGUUAUCGUUAGGGAAAUUAAAGUAGACAGUAUUGGGAAGGACACUCUACCGCUUGUGAUAUUUGGAGCUGCAGCCAUAUUUGGAUCAAUGUGUACGAUUCCUUUGCCGGAGACAGCAAAGAAAGACCUUCCCGAAACUGUGGAAGAGGCCAAUAGUUUUAAGUACCGAGGACCAUAUGGUAGUUCCCCUAACGGUUACCAGGUGGCUCCGGGUAACGGUCUAUCUGAAAGUACCGCAUUAUGAAGAAACGACGCAUGCUUUAUACAAAGGCGAAUAUUUUAAAGAAUAUUUCUCAGCUUCUUAUUUUUCAAACUGAGGGAAUUUCGCCGUAGGUUCUUCGUGUAAUUUACCUAUACAUGUAGGUCCGGUGUAACGUAACUGAGAGUCCCCAACGAUAGAUAGUCCCCUUCUCAUUCAUUUGUACAGGUGAGCC